AUGGCUGACUUGACAUUGUUGGGGGCUAACAAUUUCCGUCGUUUCACUCCUGAAUCAUUGGUUGCCAUUGAGAAACACAUUGCAGCCAAGAAAGCAUGCAAAGACCAGUCCCCUGCAGAGAAGCCCCGCCCUCAGCUUGACCUACAAGCAUUUCAGAAGCUGCCUGCCCUAUAUGGAAACCCUCCUCCAGAGGUGAUUGGAGAACCCCUUGAGGAUCUUGAUCCCUACUAUCAUGAUCAUGAGACAUUUAUGGUGUUGAACAAAGGCAAAGCCAUCUUCCGAUUUACAGCCACACGUGCUUUGUACAUCUUUAGCCCUUUUCAUCGCAUAAGACGAAUGAUAAUUAAAGUUUUGAUACUUACAUUGUUCACUAUGUUUAUCAUGGUCACUAUAUUCACUAAUUGUGUCUUCAUGGCUAUUUCUGAUGUGCAGACAAACAGCAGCGAGACUUCCUCAACGAAGUAUGUUGAGUAUACUUUCACGGCCAUUUACUCUUUUGAAUGUCUAAUCAAGAUAUUGGCAAGAGGUUUCUGCUUGAAUGAAUUCACCUUCCUUCGAGACCCAUGGAACUGGCUGGAUUUCAGUGUUAUUGUGAUGGCAAUUUUGGGAGAGUUUACUGACAUAGGCAGCGUUUCAGUUCUUCGGAUGUUCCGGGUGCUGAGAGCUUUAAAAACUGUUUCCAUUAUUCCAGGUCUAAAGGUCAUUGUAGGGGCCCUUAUCCAGUCUGUUAAGAAACUUGCAGAUGUUAUGAUCCUAACUGUUUUCUGCCUGAGUGUCUUUGCCCUCAUUGGCCUGCAACUCUUUAAGGGACACUUGAGACAUAAGUGUGUCAAGAACUACACAGAAUUUAUCAACCAGAGCAAAUCCAAUGAAGCAUCUUUUCUAGGUGAACAGAACUUGACUUCAUUUGACGAUUUUAUCAACAAAACAGAGAAUUACAUAAUUAAGAAUGGCACUGAAGAUUUUUUAUUGUGUAACAAUAGUUCAGAUGGUGGCUCCUGUCCGCCGAAAUACGUAUGUCUGAAAGUUGGAAAUAAUCCUGACUUUGGCUUCACAAGUUUUGAUACUUUUGGCUGGGCCUUUCUUUCCUUGUUCCGCCUCAUGACUCAGGAUUACUGGGAGCGCCUGUAUCAACAGACACUCAGAGCUGCUGGGAAAAUCUAUAUGCUGUUUUUCAUGCUGGUCAUCUUUUUGGGAUCAUUUUACCUGGUCAACUUGAUCUUAGCCGUGGUCACAAUGGCAUAUGAAGAACAGAGCAAAGCCACUAUUGCUGAGACGGAAGCGAAAGAAAGGAAGUUUCGUGAAACCUUGGAAAUGCUGAAAAAAGAGCAGGAGGAAUUAACUGCUAAAGAAAAUGACAGCAUGUCACAUAGCUCGUUUGAAGUGUCACCUUUAGCUUCCAAAGAGGUCAAAGAACGAAGCAACAGAAUGAAGAAAAAGUUGUCUUUAGGGAUGGAGGAUUAUGGGGAAGAUCUAAAAAUCCCUAAGUCACAGUCUAGUGACAGUCAUCGGAAGCUGUCUCUCUUUAGCCACAGUUACGGUCCUACUUCAAACCCCAAAAAGCGCCGGCCUAGUCAUGGAAGUGUAUUCAAUUUCCAUGUAUCUGGUCGAGAUGUUGGCUCAAGGGCUGAAUUUGGGGAGGAUGAAUCUAACAGCACUGGGGAGACAGAGUUCCAGCACAGCUCAUUUCUGGCUGCACGAAUGGGAAGGCGGCCAAGCAUCCAAAGUCAAGUCAGCUACAGUUCUCGACCGGGGACUCCUAACUACUUGCAGUCCAGCAGAUGGACCACUGAAGACGAUUGCAAUCGGAUGGUUUCAUUGAUGGGAGGCAGUGGAAUGAGGCCUUUUAACAUGGAUCCCAUUUCCAAUGAAGGGCUAUUACUUCCUCCAGUUAUGGAAAAUCCUGGCAGAGGGGAUCUGACUACUUCAUCUGAUGAAGCCAACAAGAUGUUCCAAAGUCAGCGUCUCUCAGUGGAUUAUUAUAAUCAGCCACUUCAAAGGCAAAGGGCAGCAAGCGCAGUCAGCGUCAUUACCAGUGUGCUGGAAGAACUUGAAGAAUCCAAUCGGAAAUGCCCCCCAUUCUUGAAGAACUUGGCCCUAAAGUAUCUUGUGUGGAACUGUUCCCCACUGUGGAUGAGAAUAAAGAAGAAAGUGAGCAUUUUUGUUAUGGAUCCAUUUACUGACCUCACGAUCACAGUUUGCAUUGUGAUGAAUACUCUUUUUAUGGCGCUAGAACACUAUAAAAUGACUCCUGAGUUCGAAGCUAUGCUUGCAACAGGUAACACGAUUUUCACAGGGAUCUUUACUGCAGAAGUGAUCCUGAAAAUCAUUGCGCUGGAUCCCUAUUACUAUUUUCAGCAACGCUCAAACAUCUUUGACAGCGUGAUUGUCUUCAUAAGCAUCAUUGAGCUAAGCAGGGGCAGGAAAGGGAACUUCACGGUUUUACGGACCUUGAGGCUGAUGCGAGUCUUCAAGUUGGCAAAGUCAUGGCCAACUUUAAACACCCUUAUUAAGAUAAUUUUAAACUCAGUGGAUGCUCUGGGCAACCUUACCCUUGUUUUGGCCAUUAUUGUCUUUAUCUUUGCUGUAUUUGGAAUGCAACUGUUUGGGGGCAGCUAUAAGACACAUUGUAAGAAAUUAGCUGAAGACUGCAAACUACGAUGGCAUAUGGAAGAUUUUUUUCACUCCUUCCUUGUUAUUUUCCGAAUUUUGUGUGGAGAAUGGAUUGAGACCAUGUGGAGUUGCAUGGUGGUUGCUGAGCAGUCAAUGUGCCUCCUUGUCUUUUUGCUGGUCAUGGUGAUUGGAAACUUAGUGGUGCUCAACUUGUUCAUUGCCCUGCUGCUGAAUUCCUUCAGCACUGACAACCUCCUCCAGCUCCCAGAAGACGACAGAGAAACGAACAAUCUUAAAAUUGCCUUUGCUCGGAUCCACCGAGGGCUGCAUGCAGCAAAACAAGCAACGCUGGCUUUCUGUUUCAAAGCUCUCGGGUACAAGCAGAAAGCAGCUCAAAAGAAAAUAAAAUGUGACUCUGAGAAGAACGGGCUGGAGCUUAGAAAAGAUGGCCAAAACCCCACGGAGGGUUACGGUAACAGAGAGGAUGAGAAAAACGGGGAGAGGCGCUCAGUUAAUAUGCUGGACGAUUUCAUCAGCAAUCCCAAUGUGUUUGUCUGUGUUCCUAUUGCUGACGCUGAGUCUGAUAGCGAGGGCUCUGAAGACGCUGGCGAGAAGCCGGGUGCAGUCACGGAGGCAGAAUAUACUAAGCAGGAAAGCCAGCUGCGGCUGAGAGGAGAACGGAGCAAGAGUUCUGAUGCCUGGAGCCGAACAUCUGAAAUCUCCUCUCCUGGGGAAUCAAGUGCACAUUGGAAAGCUGGGUCCUCAUCACCAAAAGAAAAAGAGAAAGUUGACCUUAUCAGCUGUUCGGAAGGCAGCUCUGUGGACCUCCCACACCCAGAUGAAUGCUUGAAGCAGAUCCCUGAACUAGCUGAGGACUUGAAGGAGCCACACAGUUGUUUCCCAGAUAAAUUUGCCAGGUAUUAUCCUUGGCGUUCAGUGAAUAGUGCAAAGUUUCCAGGCAAAAUGUGGUGGAAUCUAAGAAAGACAUGUUUCCGAAUUGUAGAGCACAGCUGGUUUGAAAGCUUCAUUGUGUUCAUGAUUCUGCUGAGCAGUGGAGCUCUGGUGUUUGAAGACAUACACUUGAGUGAGAGACCAACUGUUAAAACCAUGCUGGAUUAUGCUGACAAGAUAUUCACUUACAUCUUUAUCCUGGAGAUGCUGUUGAAGUGGGUGGCUUAUGGAUUCCACAAAUAUUUCACAAAUGCCUGGUGCUGGCUUGAUUUCAUAAUUGUAGAUGUCUCCGUAGUAACCCUCGUAGCAAAUUUGGUUGGAAAAUCUGAUAUAGGCCCAAUGAAAUCCCUCCGGACCCUGCGAGCGUUGAGGCCAUUAAGAGCCCUAUCACGAUUUGAAGGGAUGAGGGUAGUGGUCAAUGCCUUGGUAGGCGCCAUCCCAUCUAUUAUGAAUGUUCUUCUGGUCUGCCUCAUUUUCUGGCUCAUCUUCAGCAUUGUGGGAGUCAACCUGUUUGCAGGAAAGUUUGGAAAAUGUGUUAACAUGACGGAACCAGAUGCCAGUAUAAAUGAUACAAUUAUGAAGAAAGAAGAUUGUAGAAAGCACAACGAUACCCGGAGAUUAUAUUGGACAACAGUUAAAGUGAAUUUUGAUAAUGUUGGCUCUGGCUAUCUGGCUCUUCUUCAAGUGGCAACUUUCAAAGGUUGGAUGGACAUAAUGUAUGCAGCAGUAGAUUCAACAGAUAUAGAAACCCAACCUAAGUGGGAAGCUAACAAAUAUAUGUACUUGUAUUUUGUGAUUUUCAUCAUCUUUGGAUCUUUCUUCACUCUGAACCUUUUUGUUGGUGUCAUUAUUGACAAUUUUAAUCAACAAAAGAAAAAGAUAAGUAUCCAGAAAUUUGGUGGAGAAGACAUCUUCAUGACGGAGGAACAGAAAAAAUAUUAUAAUGCCAUGAAAAAACUGGGAUCUAAGAAACCUCAAAAACCCAUCCCACGGCCACUGAACAAAUGCCAAGGAUUCCUUUUCGACAUCGUGACUCGCCAAGCUUUUGAUGUUGCCAUCAUGAUCCUCAUCUGCCUUAAUAUGGUCACAAUGAUGGUGGAGUCAGAUGAACAAUCUGAACAGAAGUCAUACGUUCUUAACAAAAUCAACAUCCUCUUUAUCACCCUCUUCACGAUGGAGUGUGUCAUGAAGCUGAUGGCUCUACGAUACUACUACUUCACCAAUGGGUGGAACGUUUUUGAUCUGGUGGUUGUGAUCAUGUCAAUUGUUGGCAAUGUGCUUUCUGGCAUUGUGGUUUCCUUCUCACCUACACUUUUCCGGGUGAUACGUUUGGUCCGGAUAGGACGAAUACUCAGGCUCAUCCGAUCUGCCAGAGGAAUCAGGACUCUCCUUUUUGCCUUGAUGAUGUCCCUCCCUGCUCUGUUCAACAUUGGCCUCCUGCUUUUCCUGGUCAUGUUCAUUUAUGCCAUUUUUGGCAUGACCAAUUUUGCAUAUGUCAGAAGGGAAGCUGGCAUUGAUGAUAUGUUCAACUUUGAGACUUUUGCCAACAGCAUGCUCUGCCUCUUCCAAAUCACCACAUCUGCUGGCUGGGAUGGACUCCUUAGUCCCAUUUUAAACACUGGGCCUCCAUUCUGUGACCCGAACCUCAGCAUUUCUUCAACUUUCUCUAAGGGUGACUGCGGGAACCCAGCCGUAGGCAUCAUAUUCUUUGUUACAUACAUCAUUGUUUCCUUUCUCAUAGUUGUGAACAUGUACAUUGCAGUUAUUCUGGAGAACUUCAACGUCGCCACAGAAGAGAGCACUGAACCAUUAGGCGAUGAUGACUUUGAAAUGUUUUAUGAAGUAUGGGAGAAAUUUGACCCUCGAGCUACCCAGUUCAUUACAUUCUCUGAAAUUUCUGACUUUGCAGAUGCUCUGGCAGAGCCUUUGCGCAUACCAAAGCCAAACACACUUGAGCUGAUCGCAAUGGAUCUUCCCAUGGUGAAUGGGGACAGGCUCCACUGCUUGGAUAUCCUCUUUGCAUUCACCAAAAGGGUGCUUGGAGACUCAGGAGAGAUGGACACCCUUAAGCAACAAAUGGGAGAAAAAUUCAUGGCAGCCAACCCAUCGAAGGCUUCUUAUGAACCAAUCACCACCACACUUAGAUGGAAGUACGAGGAGGUGUCUGCUACUGUUAUCCAGAGGGCCUUCCGGAGUCAUUUGCUCCAACGUUCCAUGAAGCAGGCUUCUUUCUUACACCGCCACAGAACCAGUGAUGGUGAUAUCCUUGACGAAGAUGCUCCAGAAAAAGAAGGCCUCAUUGCACUGAUGAUGAAGGAAAACUACAUUGCAAACACAGGCAAAUCCCAAACACCAUCCUUAGAAUCUCUUCCUCCAUCCUACCAUAGUGUUACCGGAGCCCUUGAUAAUGGCUUUGAGGGGGAAACAGCAGAGUCUCUGAAAAGUGACAAAGCUAGAGAUGACCAGCUGUUUACAGACGAAGGCAAGAGAUCUAAUGUAUAG